CUGCGGGUCCGUGGAGGCUUUCUCCCGGGUCCAAACUCGUGGGAGCGGUGAGUUGGUUGGCGGCUCGACUCCUCAUCAGACUUGAUGACAUAUUGGUGAGACGAGCUAAACGCAGGCUCCCAGUGCACCAUAUGUGAAAUCGAUCGUCAGGAGUAGACUGCACCACCGCACUUCGCUGCUGAAAGAGUAUCGCGUCGCCGCGGCAAGGGGCUCUCCCGCAUGGGCAGUCUCAACCUGGAGGGGUCGAGGCAAGCAGCUGCAGUCGCGUAGGCGGACGCAGCGGCAAGAAGCACGCAUUCCUCGCACAGCUGGACUUGUCAUUUCGCGCAGGCAAAAAUGAAGGCCGCCGUAUUUGCUGCCCUCGCGACGACUGCCGCCGCGUUCGCGCCCGUCGCGCGGCCGCUGGCCGCGGCCGCGGCGACGAAGCUGAGCGUCGUGCCGGAGACGGUCGCGGAGCUGCCGUCGAUGCUCACGGCGCUAACCCUGUGUGGAGAUCAACCAGUGAUCGGGCUCGGCUCCAUCGACCAAAAACGCCUGACAUUCGAUGUCCACACAGGCGCUGCCGACGCUGACCGCGCCCCAGGAGGGCGAGCUCUUCUUCACGAGCCCCUUCUUCGUCGCCUUCUUCGUCCUGUCUUCCGCUUUUGGCUGGCCGGUCCUCGCGGCGCUGCGCCUGAACUCGCUCGAGGAGUAGACUGGUGUGCGUGCAUAUAUGGCGCCGGCGGAUGGCUGGAGCGCUAAGUUGUAGGAUAAACUUAAUACUCCACGUC